AUGGGGUCUCUUGUGACUCCCGGUGAAACGUAUCGGAUUCUCGCUCCGAGUUCCUCGCUUCGUGAGCAUCUCACCGACAGCUACUGGUGCUCCGCGAUGGAGGAGGUCUGCGACGGCAAACUAGACGGCGUGGCAGUACGCUACACCGGGCAAAACCUUGUCCUAAUGCAGUUCCGCCCAAAACGCCUUUCGCCAGCCGGGUAUCGGUACCCCUUAUCCAUGUCUAUUCCUGUGGAGUACUUGGUGCCUGUAGCGAGCCGUCCCGUGGACGAAAGUACAUCUGUGGGGGGUAGUUUUUACUCCUCCCACGAACCCGGCAACGGCUCGUUGUCUACGAAUGGCUUUGCGCGACUCUGCAUUGUCUGUGGAAGGUACAACGUCCCGGAUAUGGUGCGGCGUCGCCACGGAUUUAAGUGCAGAACAUGUGUGGGUAAAAAAUCCAGCGCAAAAUUGCGUUUGGAGGGUGCUCGUGGAAAGGACGAAUUAGAAAUUUAG